CAGAAACGUUGCUUGGAAACAUCCAGGGACUACUUAAAGUAACCAGUGAUAAUGUACGAAUGGUGGAACGACAGAUGCUGGUUGACAGAGGUAUCGUACCACAGUUGUUCUCAAUUGUACGCCGUACUAUAGUUGUUCAAACUGCUGUAUGUUACAUCAUUUUUACGCCAACAGUUCGUGUGGGUGUUUAACGUGUUUUAUGUGAAUUCAGGGGCGUAAAUUCUGGGGGGUUGAGGGCGUGACACCCCCUAAUGUAGGGCAAAUUUACCAAAUACUCAAUAAUUUGUUGGGCAAAAAUACCUUCAGUAAGAAAAUAAAAACCUAAACGUCCAGUUUGAGCAAUUUAAAACAAAAUUGCUAAUCUGAUAUACCUCGUUCUCUCAUCAGAGUUCUGUAAUAUCUUCCCCCAAAGUGCAUGAAAUGGCGUUUCAGAGACUCUAAAUUUCAAAAUUUUCUGGGGGAGCAUGCCUCAACACCUCGUAUCAUUGAAAACGUAUCCUCAUCCCCUAAUGUUUAGACCCAAGUUACGCCCCUGUGUGAAUUCACUGACCAUUGCUUCUUAAGUGUUGUUUAAAAGAAGCACUUUGUUUGUAAAGUAUAUAAAAAAUAAGGUUUGUAAUGUAUAUGCCAUUGUCGGCUGCCAGUGUUACUAUAAAUGAACGAGCAACGUAUAGAAAUUUGAAAUGUGAAUUGAAAGGGGUCCAUGGAUUUGCUACGUUGCAAUUUUCAGAACUUCCGGAUUUUUUUCAUUUUAGAUUAACUUGAAUAUUGACUUUCCAAUUCCUAAUCUCAAUUACUUCGAAUAACAUUAUUCAUGGACUAUACAUAUCUUAAUUUUAAUUAAAAGAUGAACUAUAAUUGGAAAACUGAAUAGUGGCCUAUCAACAAACUUAUUAUGCUGUAAUACAGUCUGUAUACAGGCUAGCUGAAUAGCAGAGCUUACAAAUUAAUAUAAACUUUAGUUAAUGGGUUGAAUAAAUUUAUAUUUCAAACAAGAUGCUCUAUUGAGCGUUAGUCGCUGGGGCUAUUGCAUAUCAAUUAAGCUGUGAUUGAGAUUAAGGUUGCUGCCUUUUGUUUGUUUAUGUCUUUAUAUGAAAUUGUUUUUGUCAAAAAUGGGACUCAAAGAUAUAUCGAAGACAAAGUUCAUCAAAUUAGGCAAACAUACAGAUGUUUUCAAAAGAUCUUCCGCCAUGCAUCAUAAAGAAAUCGGGGGGGGGGGGGAAGUUUUAAAAAUUUUAAGAAAAAAUUCCUAGUCUGCAUACACGAAAAUUCUGACCCCGACUUCGUUUCACUUCAUACGCACGUAACGCUUUAGACGAAUACGACGGCAAGCUUCGCUAAAGGUGGCUGCCUACACUUUUUUGAAAAUGGACGAUUUUCUGAUGUGGACAUGAAUUUCUGGACAACAAUUAUUUGUUGAAAAACAAGGAGUAUCUGACUUGAAUAAAACAAUAACUAAGGAGUUCGGAGUUUUUAAAAAUUUACUCCUAACAGCCAUAUUGCUAAUGGCAACAAUAACGUUUCAAUGUCCAUGGCGGAUAUAACUCGAAUUAAAAUAAGGUCGGUGACCCAAUUUUUAACAUAGCAUAUAGCAAAUGUUAACUUAUCCACAUCGCCUGGUAUUAAUUUGAUCUUUUCUUCUAUGAAGCAAAACAGCUUCUCUGGUAUUCGUUAGUCUUCGAAUUCAGUCAACGUAGAUCCAAUUCACAAAAAUUAUAUAUUUUAUUAUUUGUUUUAAAACUGCACCGCUCCUUAACUUCAGCGUUAGAUCUUCGCAUAAUAAAUAAGGUUUGCCGUCAGCUAUAUUUUGCGCUCAUCGCCAUUUGGCGAUUUGUAACCACCCAUAAUUCAAGAUCCAGCAUUAGAGAAAGGCGAAACCUAUAGUCGCCUGGGCCUGCAGGCCCCAGCGACUAAUAAGGACUUUGUUAUCCUAAACACUCUGUAUAACUAUAAGUAUAAAUAGAUAGGAGUUGGUAAUGGUGACUGGAUUUUAUCUAAUCCUGCAGAUGAAUUUGCGAAGGAAUUCCAAAAAGAAUACGAAGCUCGAGUAAAAGCGACAAAGAUGAUCACAGAUUUACAGAAAGAUAAGAGUAAGCAGACUAUCUAUUUGACCCAUUUAGUCUAGUUUAUGAUCUAUCCCCCAAAAGUUAAUCUAAAUUCAAAUAACUGCAUUGGAAAGAUGUAUGAAGUAAAUCAAUCUAAUAAAUUGUACAAUAAAAUCAUAACUUCAUGCUUUCAAUUAGGAAACACCUGUUUUGACAAUGUAGCGUUAACAUGAUUAAAAAAAACAUUUUUCCCACAUAGGUAUCUUACAGAGAAAGAUACGCAGAUUAAAGAAAACAACUCGCAGGCUCAAUAAUCAUUAUCAAGGUAUGUUUUAAAAAGCAACGUAUAUGCCUGCAUGCUAAAAAACAACUGGGUUGGUUCACUGUCGGUUGUGAUGCGCUGGAAGAGAUUUGUGCAACUCUACUGUUUAUAAACAUCUCAAUGUGUGAGAAACGACCCCUUCAUACAGCAACGAAUUUGAAAGACAAUUCUAAUUGUACCCUAUUUAAUAGUAAUACUAUAUAUAAUAACUUAACACCACCCCCACCAUCCGGUGACAUAAUUUAUUUGAGGAUAUUGGCAUAUCCUGUUUUCAGCUGCUGAACAACGAUGCUUGUCGUUAAACCGAGAAUUGCAGGAGUCUUCAUAUGCUUCCUUAAGGGAACAAAACGGUAUGUGUCUUUGAAAUAAUGUCGGAGAUGGUGUCGGUAUUAAUUUCACGUGUGACCUGAAAAGACUGCAUGUGGCACGACGUGCGAUGAAAAUGCAUGGACCGAUUUAAUUUGCUGUGUCCAAAGUUCGGACAGAGAAGACGUCGGAUAUUCUUCAAAAUUAAUUAACUCACACUCAUGACCCAUCUUUACCCUCUGACUAAAUUAUGGGACAUCACUAUUGCUAGUAAUAAGAUGUCAUUCUAAAGCAUUCAAUAUGCAAAUGUUUUUAUCUCAUCUUUAUAAUUAUUAUAUAUUAUAAAACACAUCUUUUUUAAAUUUGAUUCUUAACACAGAGGUGUUGCAAAGUGAGCUGGAAAAGGAGAGGCUUGCAAGGAUAGAUGCCGAGAAGAAACUGGAAGGUAGCAUUCUUUUCUCGAAAUAUUGUAUCACAUAUCAAGGCAUAUGCCACAUAUCAACAGUGCUGUCAAGUAACAAAGUAAAUGUACUUCGUUACUGUACUUGAGUACUAUUUUUGAGAAGUCAGCAUGCAACAAAGUAAACUUUUUCUGGAGUACUUGUACUUGGAACGAAGUCGUUUUAAGAAGUAACGUUUUACUUUGUUGUUUUCAUUUUGUGGCAAUGUUUUUCGUUACUUUCUAACUUUUGCUUAAUUUUACGUAUUUAUUCCUGAUUUAUUUUAAUUUUGGGAUAGGUAAUAGGACCUCUACAUGUGUCUGGAAUCUCUCGUUUGUGGCUUACUUAAGCAUUAUUUAUUUAGUGGAUUUCUUAUAUCUUCAACGAGGUCUGGAAAGUAGGCCAUGCCGUGAAAUAUUGUAUAUUAGGUGCACGCAUAUAAUGCUUGUGCUGUUUUGUGUCUUUUGUAUGUCAAUCCAUUGGAAAAGUCCCCCCUCCCUACUAGGGAGGGGGGACUUUUCCAAGUCCCUACACACCACAGACAAUAGUACUUUUACGUUUUACUUCAAGUAUUUUUUAAGGAUAUUUUGUACUUUUUACUUAAGUACGUUUUGUCUCUGGUACUUUUUACUCUUACUCAAAUCGUUUUACAAAUUCAAAGUAAUUUAGGCACCACUGCAUAUCGCAGUGUCCAAGAGUGGAGUAUAAUACGUAACCCUUAUAUAUUUUCUUUCAUUUAGAAGCACGUGGUGGCAUACAAAAUUUCGUUCACAAUUUCUUCGAGAAUCCGGAACAAAAUGGUGCAGUGAUGGUUCCUGUGUAGAUAUUUUGGGUGGAUAGCAACAUAACUGCACUUCUAAAGAACUAUGACGGGAGAUGUCAGAUAAUGAUUUCCAAGUCAUAUCGGAAUUCUUUUCUGCUAACAAGUCACUCAUAUAGAAAGGAGUAUAUGUCUGCAGCCUUGCCGUAACACUUCAGAUUUCGUUACAGUUAUCAAAGAAGUUGUUUCUCAAACGGUUUUAAUUGGAAUGAGUCGUAGUUUCAGUUUAUAGAGCGCGAACUUUUACUAUAUAGAACUAAAAAUGGCAUUUUGUUACACGUUACCAGCCCUAGGAAUUCUUCUUACAAUUUCUGUUGCACACGCACUACUAUUUACGGCCUAUGAUGCAUGUAACAAUCAGUGAGCUCCAUCUAUAUCUGGACGGUAAAGGUCCAGACACACUUGACGCGAUUCGACAACGCGACGAGAUUUUCGAUUUUCACUGACCGAUAACUUUGAUCCUAGUUUGAAUUUUCCAAAUGUUUAGAAGCGCCGUAACAUUUUGAGUUAUUUGGUGUACAUAUCUUUCAAAAUUUUCUCUCAUUGGCUGUUUUAUUAACUUUCAAAAACUAAAAAAUCGCGUCGCGUUGUCGAAUCGCGUCCGGUGUGUCUGGACCUUAAGAACUCGCGUCAACAAAAUGAAGCCAAAGAUGGUGGAAAUUGGCGUAGUGCCAGUCCCUAUCUAUUGAUUUUCUCUGCGCGGUUGCAUACUCCAGAUAUAUAUAGCUCACUGGUAACAAUAUUGUCGUGCUGAAACAAAUUGUUGAGAUAUUUUGACAUGUAUAGUUACCAACUGGCUUUGUAACAUGUGCUGCUUGUUGCGAAUAAUACUAGUAUGGCGUCAUUUGCAAUGGUGCAGAAGUAUAUGUAAUGUAAAGUUUUCGAUUGGAACAUUUUUCAAACUAUUGGGACUAUCAAGAUUGUAUAUAGAUUAACUAUAAUAUAUAUCUUUGUACAAUUCUAGUUUUAUAUUCAAAUAUAUAAUUUAUGUUGUUUUUU